GUCAAGGGUAUGAAGCGGAACGCGUGAUGCGUGCGCAUGCUAAGCCCUCCCGGGAGAAAAGGAAGUCAACCAUUUUCUCUUCCCAGCGACCGGUGCCGAAGCACAUGUGCGUUCGCGACAAAUCGACGUAAAUUUUUGUGCUUUAGGUUUCACCAAUCACACCAAACAACAAACACAAUGAAUUCAGAAAAACUGAAGAAAUUGCAAGCGCAGGUCCGCAUCGGCGGUAAGGGAACCCCCAGGCGCAAGAAGAAGGUCGUACACUCGACCCAGGCGACAGAUGAGAAAAAACUGCAGUCAUCGCUGAAGAAGCUCUCAGUAAACACGAUCCCCGGCAUCGAGGAGGUCAACAUGAUCAAAGACGACGGGUCCGUGAUACACUUCAACAAUCCCAAGACGCAGGCGUCGCUCGCAGCGAACACAUUCGCCAUCACCGGCCACGGUGAGAACAAACAAAUCACCGAAAUGCUCCCCGGUAUUCUCAACCAACUUGGACCGGAGGGUAUCAACCAAUUGAAGAGGAUAGCAAGCUCUGUACAGGGCAUGGAGAAGAUGGUGCCCGAGGAUGAGGAAGGUGUCCCCGACCUGAUCGGUAACUUCGACGAGGCUUCCAAGCAGGAAGUCGCCAAGAAGGAAACGCCAGCGGCUGCUGCGCCGCCGGCGGACAAGAAGGAAUAGAAGGGAGCGCGCCUGGAUGGAAAACAACUAAUUGCUUUACGUUUUCGAUUUUCUUCAACUGUUUGCAUUACUUUUGAAACCAAACACACCUAGCUGUUAAGUGAUAGCUGAAAAGGAGGGCUCAGAGACGGGGAACCGCUACAUUAUUAAUUCUACUGCUAAAACAUCUACAUCUUGUUUAGUCUUGUAUAGAAUAUUGAAUAUUUGAAUAUUAUAGGAUACUGAUUUGGAUGCAAAUACACAAAUAUUCUGAUAAAAUAACACGCGCAUAUAAAAACAAUUUCGGUGUUGCGGACAUUUAUAUUCUAAGUGUGUGUAAUGGCGGCGGCCAUUUUUACCAAAACUAACUAAUUUGUCAGAUUUUUUGGGAUUUUUACCCAUGACUUGAAUAAAUGUACAAAGAAUCUGAUAAUGUCUCUUGGUAAUUUGCAAUAAAAAUUGAAACUUUCUAAGUAUCACAAAA